GACGUCAUCAUUGCUUUGUAAACAUGGUUGAUCUUCUUUGAGAAUGAAACACCCGUAUCAUCCUCUACAAAACGGCAUGGAAAACGACCCUGAGGUUGCUUUUAGCAUUAAUCAGAGGGAUACAGAAUCGACAGAGAAUAAUUGCAAGAUGCCGAAUGGAAAUGGAAUCGAACCGAAAAGGAUGAGAUACCCGUUUUGUGUCGUUUGGACGCCAAUCCCAUUUUUGACGUGGUUGUUCCCUUUCAUCGGUCACAUGGGUAUCGCAACGUCACAGGGAAUCAUCAGAGAUUUCGCUGGUCCUUAUUAUGUCUCAGAGAAUGACAUGGCUUUUGGUAGACCUACCAAAUACUGGAUUCUGGAGUCGUCACAAGUUAAACCAGGAACGUGGGACACGUCCGUUCAUGAAGCAUCGGAGGAAUAUAAAUCUAGAAUGCAUAAUCUUUUUUGCGACAACUGUCACUCGCACGUUGCCAUGGCUCUCAAUCUAAUGAAGUAUAAAGAGAGCACGUCCUGGAACAUGAUCAAACUCUGCUUUCUCAUGCUCAUCCAUGGAAAAUAUGUUGGAUUUGGUGGAUUUUUAAAGACGUGGCUUCCCGCGGUCAUCUUCUAUGGAACCAUUAUCACCCUCAUCGUGGUGUUCUCGUAGAACCUCUGCUGCCCCACCCGGCAACCUUCGCUACCCCACUCCAAAAACCUAUAAAUUCAACCCUAUCGGUGUACCCCUGAGCUUGGAUCUUGGAGGAAAGAGUCUCUAACCUUUAGGAAAAAUCCACUUGUUGGUUGUUAUAUUUUUGUUAAAGACCAACAAGUGGGGGUUACACAUACUACUACUGCUACACAAUCUGUGCCCUAUGUACAUACAAAUUGUCAUCAAUAACAUAUGCUAAAUUUUGAUUACAAAUUUGCUCUGAGUCAGCCAAUCAAAUGCAAUGAAAUCAGGUAUUGUAACUUGUUUUUACAACAAGUUCUAUGAAGCAGGGCCCAGAUUGUAGCAAUAGGUCAUAAAAAAUAAAAUCGAUAUGCUGAUGCUCUUUGGUAAGGCAUUAGUCCUCAAUUAUAAAAGUCCAUUUGAUAAUAUUUAAGCCCCAAGUCUACUGAUUGCUUUCUUCAACCGCACAUUUGUUUUCUUAGCAGUCAGGUAAAAUUAUCAAUCAGAAUAGAUAUGUAUUUUAUGUCAGCUUGCAACCAAGUGAGCAUUUAUAUUUUGUAGACGAAACAAGCUCACUAUUCUUCAUGUUUUUCAGGAUAAUAUGGUCAAAAUUGAUCUUAAUUAAGAUGCUGCCUUUAUGAAGCUAUGCCAGGAAAUUAAUGAAAACUGUUCUUGUUGUGAAGGCUACAUGUAGCAUUCUUCAUGAUCCUGUUUCUCCUUUCCUUAUAUUUCAUCUUCAUCUUCAUCUUCUACCACUCCCUCUCCUUAUGAAUAACGUUUCUCACUAUUUCUUAAAUAUUCUUCAUUAUCUUCUCUUUACUGUCUUCAACUUCAAUUCCAUUUGUUGUUUUUUUCCUUCCAAUGUGAUUUUAUGUUCCAGAUAUUAACAUUCUUCUUUUCUUUAUUUCUGUACCAAAUCAUGCUUAUGACUUUAACAAUUUCUGUAAAUUUAAUUGACCAGAUUAUGCUUCUGAAUAUAUUUUUAGCUUUAAAAUCAAAACAUCUACUUAAAGACAGCUUAUAAUUUUUUCAAAAAAAUAAUUAUGUAAGGUUACAAAGACUGUGCGUUGAGAUGUAUUAUCUUCUGCGUUGGAAGACUGCUUGAGAUAUGCCAUUGUAAAAUCGAUUGGAUUUAAGUUAUUAGGUACACGUUUUAAAGAUGGACUUUUCUAAGAGUUGUAAUCUUCACUGAAAUAUUGAUAUAAAAUAUGGAAACGGAAAAGAUGACACCCUUCACAACCAUUAUUGCAACUGCAGUUACAUUCAUGCAUAACAUAUUGUUAUUGAAGUCACUCAAGUUAGUGCAUGUUCUGAAAUGCUUUGUUUAAUUGAUAAGUUGGGCAUCUUUUGUGGAUAUACAAUUAAUGAUAAAGGUAAAUUUUGUGUUUCUGGAAGAAA